AUGUUGUGGCACGUGGUUCUGGGUAUGAUUAGUAAUCGACGUGACCGUCACUUCGUUAUCACUUUCAAGACACCCUCGAUGGUCAAUUUGCGAUCCCAAAAACGACUCGCCGCGUCCGUGAAGGGCGUUGGUCAACGCAAAAUCUGGCUCAACCCCGCUGAGCAAGCAGAAAUCGGAAAUGCGAACUCUAGGACGCAUAUCAAGAAGCUUUUGAAAGAUGGAGAUAUCAUCGUCAAGCCCACGACCGUCCAUUCUCGCGCAAGGACUCGGGCAUUGUUGGCAGCGAAGAGAAAAGGUCGUCACACGGGACCGGGUAAACGCAAGGGUACUGCAGAGGCUCGUAUGCCGACAAAGGUUCUGUGGAUGAGGCGGCAGCGGGUUCUGCGUCGGUUGUUGCGGAAAUACCGGGAGGCCGGCAAGAUCGACAAGCACCUCUAUCACUCCCUCUACCAAAAGUCCAAAGGAAAUGUCUUCAAAAAUAAGCGCGUAUUGAUGGAGUACAUUCACAAGGCGAAGGCGGAGAAGAGUCGUACCAAGGUCCUCAGCGACCAGGCCGAUGCUCGUCGUGUCAAAACCAAGGCUGCGCGUGAACGUCGUGCUGCUCGCAUUCAAGAAAAACGGGCCGCAUUCAUCGCUGUCGAGGAGGGUGAAGUCAAAGCAUAG